CACACGGACCCAUCUGCCUAUAUCAAAAUAGGCAUAACAGAUGGUACCUGCGACCGUGUGCAAAUUUGGCCGCGCAUCGCUGUAGUUCGCGAUAAGUCUUAGUACACUGGAAACCUGCAAAAUCAGGCGGGAGGUUGUGUACUAUUUUCCUAUAGGUUUCUAAUUGGUCGGGAUCCUAGUGAAGAUCGGAACUGAUAGUUUCUUGCAAGUCGACGUCAAAGCAAGAGGGGAGAUCCCAGGAUACAUACACUAUUUCGAGUUAUUCUCAUUCGGAUUCGUUGUGCGACGUGAGGAUUCCCCAUUCGCGAGUCCCGGGGUCUUUCAUUAUUAUCAUUACUAUUAUUUUUUCACUCUUUUCCCCAUGAAACAUCCAUGAACCUGUCCACGACCUUCUUUCCCAUCGUUUUGCGUGUUCGCGUUGGAUAUUAAUGUGUUAUUCAUCAAGACACCAUGACGGAUAGCUGGAGGCCGACUAGCGCAAGGUCCAGCGGUUCUAGUCCGUUGAAACCGCCUGAACAAGCGGAACUUGUAGCCGAGCCAGACUUGGAAGAUGAGGAGUAUCAAUACGAUGACGAUAGGGAUAGGGAUUCGGCGCUGGGAUCAGAUAUAGAAAGUAGCGCCAAUUCCAUCGCGUCGAGCAUCAUGGAGUACCGGAUAAUUCAAGGGCGAACAUUUCACAGCGACAGGCACAACGUCAACUACUUCACCCCGAAUGACGAGCAGCAAGUCCAGUCUAUAGACAUCACCCACCACUACCUUAGCUUGCUGCUUGAAGACAGACUCUUCAUUGCACCAAUACCAAACCAUGUCCAGAGUGUGCUGGACAUCGGAACUGGAUCAGGGAUAUGGUCCAUUGAAUUCGCAGAGCAGUACCCCAACGCACAAGUAAUCGGAACGGACCUCUCGCCCAUGCAACCCAUGUGGGUUCCACCCAACGUCCAGUUCGAGCUGGAAGACUGCACGCAACCGUGGUCGUGGGGUGAUAAUUCCUUUGACUUCGUACACUUACGGUACUUAUUUGGCGCCAUCCCCGACUGGAACGAAUUCAUACGACAGGCAUACCGUGUGACUAGACCUGGAGGUUGGGUCCAGAGUUGUGAGACCGAAGUUAUUAUCCAGUGUGACGACGGAAGCAUCCCUCCUGACAGCACGUUCAAGACCUUCUGGAACAAAAUUUACGACGAGAUAGGGGGGAUAUUAGGCACGUCGUUUAAGCCAAUUACCCAUAACUUCCAGGAGAGUGCCUUCAGAGCGGCUGGGUUCCGAGAUAUUGAGGUGUAUGAUUACAAACUCCCGGUUGGUGGAUGGCCAACUGAUCAUAGGAUGUCAGAAGUUGGCCAGUAUGUCCAAUUAACAUUACUUAACGACCUCGAAGGCUACACACUCGUUCCUUGGAAUAUGGUCAUGGGCGACAACACCCCGGGUUAUAAGGAGAAUCUGGCGCAGAUGAAGAGGGAGCUACACAAUAGGAGAUUACAUGGCUAUAUGAGAACUCGCUAUGUAUAUGGUCAGAAGCCAGAGUCGUGACGUAUAGAUUCUAGGAGUGAUCAUAUAUAUAUUUGCGUCGUAGGAUGGGGAAAGGUGACGUGGAUGACAACAGGACACCUACAUCCGAAGAGGGAGGCAGGUUCAUGGAUGUCUCGUAGGCAUGGAUACGCCUACACGUAUGAAAUGAAGGAAAUACCCGGAAUACCAAUAGUUAAUUGCGUCACGGAUAUUGGGAGAAAUCGUUUAGGGGUGGAUGGAUCUGGUAUACGGACUCAAAUUGAAUUGUCCACUCGAUCAGUUUGAAUACUCGGCUCGACAGUUGAAACUAUAAUGAUGAUCUUCUUUCGAACUUUGGGCUAACCGUCGUAAUCACUCCAAGUAUUCUCUUUUUUUUAUGACGGCGUAUACCACACCGUCUUGAUAAUAGCGUCAUAGGAAUGGCAACACCUAAGUGUUGUCUUCGAGCUUAU